AUGGCAACUUUUACGACUUCUCCCAGCGUUCGGCAGGAAAAAUAUGAUGUUUUUGUAAGUUUUAGAGGUCCAGACACCCGACGUAGAUUUGUUAGCCAUUUGAGAAAGCAGUUUCGACAAAAGGGGAUAGAGGUUUAUGUUGAUGAGACGGCAGAGAGAGGAGAUACAAUAUCACCUGCGCUUUCGGAAGCAAUAGAAAGAUCAAGAAUUGCGCUGGUGAUAUUCUCAGAAACUAUGCCUCUUCAAGACCCAUCACAUGUUAGGCAUCAAAGAGGGUCUUAUGAAGAUGCAUUUGUUCAGCAUCAUAACUGCAAAGUUGAUUCAAGGAAGUUGCAAGAUUGGAGAUCGGUUUUGAAAGAGACUGCAGACAUAUUUGGUUAUCAUAAUUCCUCAGAUUUUCAGAAUGAAUCUGACCUUAUUGAUGCAAUAAUCGAAGAUGUAUCAAAAAAGCUAGAAGGUAAAGACACAAUGGAGCCAAAGCACCUAAUUGGAAUUGAGAAAGAUUUGACUGCUAUUGAAUUAUUUAUAAAAGAUGAAUCACACGAAGUUAGAGUUCUUGGAAUUUGGGGCAAAGGAGGAAUAGGCAAAACCAGCUUAGCUCGUGCCGCAUUUGAUAACUUUUACCACCAAUUUGAUAGGUCUUGCUUUGCCGAAAAUGUGAGAGAGAAAUCAAAAACGAUUGGAACGAAUUGUUUGCUUGAAAAAAUUCUCUCUGUUCUACUAGAUGAAGAAAAGCUCACAAUGGUUGGAAUGCCUAAUGUUCAAAGGAGGCUACGUAGAACAAGAGUUCUUCUAGUUCUUGAUGAUGUAGACACGCUUGUUCAAUUAAAAUAUCUUAUUGAGGAAAAUCUUUCAUUGGGACCAGGUAGCAAAGUCAUCAUUACAAGUAGAGAUAAGCAUGUUCUUAUUAGUGGAGGAGCUCAUGAAGUACAUGAGGUGAAAGAAUUAAAUAAGGAAGAAUCGCUUCAACUUUUCUGCCGACAUGCUUUCAAGCAAGGCCAUCCCAAACAAGGAUAUGAAAAGUUAUCAAUGCAGGUAAUUGAAUAUGCAAAAGGUCUUCCUCUGGCAUCAAAAGUUUUGGGUUCAUAUUUGAACUCCAGAAAUACAAAAGCAUGGGAGAGUGCCCUUAAAAAAUUGAGAAAUGGAGAAAAGAAAGAAGAUAUUAUGCAGGUGCUCGAUGCUUGUGAUGAUGACCUCUACGUGGACAUUGGAAUAGAUAGGCUUCUAGAUAAAGCACUCAUAACUAUUUCAAGUCACAGUAGAGUAGAAAUUCAUGAUAUGCUACAAGAAAUGGCCGAAGAAAUAGUUCGUGAGGAAUCUCGAGAGCAUCCUGAAAGUCGAAGUCGAUUAAAUGAUGCAAAAGAAAUCCAAGAUGUAUCGGAAAAUAACAAGGGAACUGAUACAAUUGAAGGCAUUGCAUUGAACCCAGAUGAGUUAGAAAGCAACAUACACUUGAGUGCUGACGCUUUCAAAAAAAUGAGUAAUUUAAGAUUUCUCAAGAUUGGUUUUGGUUUAGACAAACUUGUUGAAAUUCAAAUGCCUUGGAGCAAAGUUGUAAAACUAUGGGAUGGUGUGCAGAAUCUUAUGAAUUUGAAGAUGAUAAAUCUUUCCUCUUCCUACGAGUUAGAGGAAUUGCCUGAUUUCUCCAUGGCACAAGAUCUUGAAAUAAUGGAUCUCAGUUAUUGUAAAGGAUUAUGUCGUAUUCAUCCAUCAAUCUUGUCUCUUCCUAAACUUGUUUCUUUGAAUCUAGCGGGGUGCAUCGAACUAAAGAAUCCUCACGGUGAUAACCAUUUGAAAUCUCUCAAGGAGCUCAAGUUGAUGUUGUGCCCUGCUCUCAAGGAAUUUUUGUUGUCAGCAGAAGAAAUGAGAAGUUUACAUGUGAAAAGUAAAGGUAUCAAAAAGCCAAUCUUGCCAGUUGACCGGUUAUUAAGCUUUCCAUUUGGACGGUUCAAUAAUCUUGAAGAGCUAUGUCUCAAUAGACUUCUCAGGAGCUUUCAAGUAAAUGAGCUAGGUAGCUUGACAUCUCUUAAAGUAUUCUCUCUUGAUGGUUUUAAAGGCAAACUAGACAAAUCAAAAUUAGUCAUUCUAUUUGAUGCCUUGCCUUCUUUAGAAGAACUAUAUUUGACGUACUGCAGGAUUCGUCAGAUCCCUGACAAUAUCAGUGCCAUGUCAUUGUUGAAGAUUCUAUCACUACAAGGAAGUAGCGUUAUGGGUUUGCCAGAUAGCAUCAAGCAUCUUUCAGAGCUCAGAGAAAUUGAUUUGGGUAAAUGCAAGAUGCUUAGGUCCUUACCAGAACUUCCACCUUCCCUUGCUUAUUGUUAUCUCAACGAAUGCCAAUCAUUGGAGACCUUCGGUUUCUCAUUGAUGCGAGCAAUACAUAACUCUAGUGAGCUUAGAUUUUGUUAUCCCGGAAGCACAAUCCCAGGGGGCUUCAAAUUUUCUCAGACCACUAAGGGCUCCAUUAGUAUUAAGCUUGCACCAGGUUCUUCUCACCAUUUGUUGGGUUUCGCUUCUUGUUGUAUUAUUUCCCCAUCGAGGCUCAAAUCUUUGCCACUAGUUGGUAGAAAAUUCCACUAUGAAGAUGAAGAGAUCUAUUACAAGGUUGACGACAAACUCUCUCGCCACGAGUUUCGGAGUACAAAUCAUGUUUUGCUAUGGUAUGAUCCAGUGGAUCGCAUGUUGAAGGAAAACCAAAGAAGGCGAUUUGAUGAGGGCGCCAAUUGCGAGUUUGCAUGUGAAUUCUUCCACAGAAGUUUCGUCGGUCCUCAUGUGGCAAAAUAUAAUAACAGGAUAAAAGGGUGCGGAAUUUGGCCAAUACAUGCAUCAGAAUUGCAGGGGAAAAUGGAAUUAAGGCUGGAGAUGGAUGCUGUUACAGACAGUGCCAGCCAGCACCCUAAUGCUGAAGUGUCCCAACAUCAGCCAGCACGUGAUUCUGUUAGGAGAAGCACUUGUGUGCGCCAGAGGAUAGGGAACUUGACCACUCUGCCUUACUCUGAGAGCCAAGAGAUGCCGAAAUGA